AUGCUCCGAGUGGUGCUUAGAGCAGAGACUUCCUUGUGCCGCCGAUCCAUCCGGGAACGGGUUAGAGGAGAAAGGGCCAAGUCUUCCAAGAAAGAUGCCCCAGCAGGUGGUGCGCAGGUGGAAGGCAGAAACGGCUACAUCGAAGGCAAAGAGCUGGAAAACUUCUUCCAGGAGCUGGAAAGCGCCAGGAAGGGAGCUGGCGUGGACUCCAAGGACAACUUUGGCGAGAAGAUGAAGGAGUUCAUGCACAAGUACGACAAAAACGCAGAUGGCAAAAUUGAGAUGGCGGAGCUGGCCCAGAUCCUACCCACGGAGGAGAACUUCCUGCUGUGUUUCCGCCAGCACGUUGGCUCCAGCUCGGAGUUCAUGGAGGCCUGGCGCAAGUACGACACGGACCGCAGCGGCUACAUAGAGGCCAACGAGCUCAAGGGCUUCUUGUCGGACCUGCUGAAGAAGGCGAACAGGCCCUACGACGAGCCCAAGCUCCAGGAGUACACGCAGACCAUCCUGCGGAUGUUCGACAUGAACGGAGAUGGGAAGCUGGGUCUCUCGGAGAUGUCCCGACUUUUGCCUGUGCAAGAGAACUUCCUCCUUAAGUUUCAGGGAAUGAAGCUGUCAUCGGAGGAAUUCAACGCUAUCUUCGCCUUUUACGACAAGGAUGGCAGCGGCUUCAUAGAUGAGAAUGAGCUGGACGCCCUUUUGAAAGACCUGUACGAGAAGAACAAGAAAGAGAUGAGCAUCCAGCAACUCACCAACUACAGGAAGAGCAUCAUGAACCUCUCAGAUGGGGGCAAGCUCUACCGCAGGGAACUGGAGAUUGUGCUCUGCAACGAGCCCCCCAUGUAGGGCCCCCUUCCCUCCCUCUCCCCCCGCUCAUCCCCUUCGUCCCCAUCGCUGCGCUGGAACAGAGCACAAGGA